CAUUACGUCGUAUACGUAUACGGACAUGUAAAUUACUAGGUACACAUAUUGCUAUCUAUGAAACGUGUCAGUCAACAAGUGUAUGUCAAUUAAAGCCAAUCAUGCUACCAGUAUCCCUUGUUUCCAUUUAUUCAGCAAUUAUACUUGUGCAGUCAAAGUUGGUGAUAAAAGAGUGCACCAACACUGAAAACCUUUUAAGUUUCGGAGAAAGAGAAUAGUGGUGGUCAACUUUUACCAGUCGCAGAAGUAAGAGAGAGAGUUGCGGAUGCAUUAAAUAUUACCCUGUGAACAGUGACUUCUAUUUCACUAGAAAGUCCGAAAAAAAGACAAUGUAAAAAACCCGUUAGCGAUGUUGAUGGUUUCACACAAGCAGCGAUUGGAAACUCCCUCAGAACAUGAUUCAACCCAGUAAAUUAAAACACAUGUUGACUGGUUGAAUGUAGACAGGCGUUUUUAUGUCAAUGCUAAGGAAAUCAGACGGAACAUAUAUGGCCCCUUUGUGAGGAUUUUCGUUUACUAAACGCCGUAACCGCUACCUCUUAUACCGGAUGUCAUUGCCAAAACAGCAAGGCUAGCAUAUGCUGGUGAAAACGCCAAGUUAUCCCUAUACAACAGACGUUUUAGAUAUUGGCGCUUGAGCAGUUCUCAAUCAACUCAGUUACAACCACUCGGAUUUUACAACCAAGCGUUUCCCAAAACCCAACGUCGUUACUCCGUAUAUGAUCGCGAACUUACAGCACAUAUCAAGCGAUUCAACACUUAUUAGAAGAACGAUUCAUACCGAUUAAAAACAUCCGAUUUGGGCGUUUGCAAUAGAUACGAAGAGAGAGGGUAUAAAUACAAGUGCAUUCGCGCUCGGGUUUCCACGGGCAUCUUAGACGCGGAACCUGAGCUAGUUUGUUUCGCGCAUCCAAACCCUGCGUUAUCGAGCGAAUCGUCUUGGCGAUACUUAGAAGACCGAAAAUUACGUGGAGAACCAAUUACAAUCUCCUUGAGCCGUAGUAGUUCCCGAACGAGAAUUGAAGCAGCAUUUUGAGAACGAAGUAUUCGAGAAUUUCCCCAACAGAGGACAGUGAGGGCAUUCCGUGCCGGUCCGUGCAAAGUCCAGGUGGGAAGCCAAUUUCAUUACCACAUUGAAUCAACGAGACGCCACACCUAAACAUUAUCGGCGGUCCGUGUGUGCUCCACUACAUCCAAAUUCCGAGGGCGGACCCAUACAGCUUCACAUUGAAGCACAUCGAGAACUUCUAGUGCAUAUUCUUCUAGUGCAAUCAAGAUAAGGCAUAAACGCGCCCUCUGAGCUCAAAAGGCCGUUACGGUCCGAGUUUCCAAAGUAAUAUUUUUAUUUUCGACAACUCCGAAUUAGGUUUUCGUGCAGUGUCUCAACGGGAGGUUCCACGACGAACCGUAAUCAUUGUCACAAUGAUAGCCUACCCAAUAACAUAGAAGAAUUGCAUUUCCUCUGUGCCAAUAAUCAUUAAAGCCUCAAAGUCGAGAACCAUCGUCAUGGUGUGAUCUGCUGCACCGGCCACCAAUCACUGAUCACAUAACCUGGCCAAGAAGAAUGGUAGCAAAACUAAACGAAAGUUACCCCUCGGCGAGAGUAUCGCAAAUUAAUGUACUUCAAGGAUCAAGCCCUACCCUAAAUGUUUCCAACUCCUCAAAAAAUUCGGAGGAAAGGGUAUCGGAAAGUGAAUCUUCCGAAGACGAAUUUCUUGUGAACUGGGGACCGGAAAGUCCUGACCCCAAUAUAUUUUUUCCCGUUGGAUGGGGCUCGCAUGGUUUGGAGGAGGAUCCUUGGAACGAUAAGAAUAAACCCUACGUCAAGCUGACGCGCUAUGAAGACUUGGAGUUAAACGAAAUGGAACAGCAAGGUGUUUUAACGGACCGCAUUCUUGCUGCCUGUUCCUCCUACUUGGAUAAAUCGCCCGAGACUAACGGAUUUGUGCUGUGCAAGGCAAAUCUUUCAAAGAAGUUCCUCAAAGACAUUAGGAUUAUUCAGUUACAUCACUUUCUUCAAUACGUCGAUUUGUCCUAUAAUGACCUAACAAAUGUGGAAUCUUUAAGUGAACUGCCCUUUUUGAUGUAUCUGGAUGUCUCACACAACUGCCUUGGAAAAUUACUGAACUUCAACCCUCCACUUUAUUUAACGUACGUUAAUUACUCGUUCAAUAAUGUGGCAAAGAUUAAUGAUCUCAGCUUGUUUUGGUCACUGGUCCAUUUAGAUAUUUCCCACAACCAAAUUAAGGUGAUUGAAGGGCUUCAAGAACUUAAAUAUUUAAAACAUCUCAAUUUGUCUUACAAUAUGAUCAAGUGCAUCGAAAAUCUGAAUCACAUGCCGCUGCUGAGUUUGAAUCUUGAAAGUAAUGGCAUAGAGACGUUUGAAGAAGGUGAAGGCCGAGGUUUAAAGACAUUGCCCGACAUUUUGAAAUUAAACUUAGACUACAACCAUUUAAGUACAAUUAAAUUCUGUGAAGGAAUGGACACACUUCAGUCUCUCACUGUGCAAGCCAACAAUCUUAGAGAUCUGUUGGAGUUAUCUUACUUGAGAAACUUAAAUUCUUUAAGUGAAGUCGAUUUUAGAGAUAAUUAUCUGAGUAGUUUAGAUCGAUAUUUCGACGCUUGCAUAUAUAACGUCAACUAUAUCUCGGUUCUUGAUGGAGAGGUUAUUGAUGCCGAGACUAAGGUGUCUGCUAAAAAUGUUUUUGAGGGAUCGAUUCAAAGUGAAGCCUUUCGGAACGCAUCUACAGCUAUGUUUAUACAGCAGUUAAACGAUCCAGUUUUAGGUCUCCCUAUUAUUCCAUUUGACAUACCUCCCGCUCCAAUUAUCAUAUUAGUUGGUCCGCCAGGUUCUGGCAAAAGCAAGUUGCUAAUCAAAUUUUGCCGGUUAAACCCGAAGCGCACUGUAAGAGGUGUAAGUCACACUACAAGACCCAAGCUUGAAGAUAACGACCAACACAGUUGGUACUAUCACGUUCAUUUGGAUGAGUUUUGGUCCAUGGCUCGCAAUGGAGAGUUUCUCACCGUGUCGCAAGUACUGGGCCAUUGCUAUGGUUUUGCUCAACAAGAAUUGGCCAAACCCGUGGGCAGUUCGUCUGCUUUGAUACUCCACAUGGAUCUCAAAGGUGCCCUAACUUUGCGCGCACAAAAUAUGAAAUGUCAUCUGGUGCUGGCAAUGCCUAGCUCGCAAGAAGUUCACAUUAGUAACAUAUUAGACAAGUACCGUGUUUACAACGAGACUAUUAUCAGUCGGAAAGGUGCACCAGAAACAAAAAGCGCCCCGUUGAAAGCAAAGGAAUUGUUGGAGAGGUACAGUACAAUCGCACAAGAAAUAGAGAAAGCUGCAUAUUAUGACAGUGAAACUUGGUCAGAUAAAGUUUCACUAAAAAGUAAAGAAGAAACGGAAAGUACAACGGAUCUUGAAAAAACCGCGAAAUAUGGAAUAUUAAAGAGCUCAAUUCACCGAACCAAAUCCGAUGGUGCACCACCGCCAAUUGGCAAAAGUGGCGGCGUUACAUUUCAAUCCAGAAUGAAGAAAAGUCGGACUUUACUACACUCUUCGCGCAGUGUCACUUUUAACGAAGAAACUACCUCUGGAGCUCCGACGCCGUUGAAUCAGAAAAGCAUUAGCGGUACAAUUCUUGGGGAAACUGAAGUUUUAAGCGUGCUAAGUAACUCAAGCGCUCCACCUACUGAGGAUAAGGCGCAGAAUCAGUUCCCGUGCCCGGCUAAAACCAUUACUGGUCCGAAUAGCAUGGCAUUUUGUGUUAAUGAAAUACUGAAAACGCGAGACUCAUAUUUGGCUUUCCAUCAGUCGAAUCCUGGAGUUCUUUUGAGUACAAUUUUCACGGACAGAGAAGAUGAGGCGUUGGAAAAGCUAAAAGGUCUACUGAAAUACUGUAUACAAGCUCAAUCGAAAUCGGCGCCAAAUUACGAAUUUAAAAAGGAUUCUGCGUACCAAGCAAUUGUAGGCGCGAGGUUAAAGUCAUUACAUCGUGAAAUCGAGAAUGAAAUGUCUAUUGGUCAAAAGCAAUUGGAUGAGUUUGCUCAUAAGACCAAGCAAGGAAAACCGUAUGAGAGCCAUUUGAAAAGGUCAACUAAAGAUGUAAUCGAGGUAAUGCGAGCCAGGCGUAAUCAGGUGUUGGGUUAUAAGCUACCCGAUGAUGUAGGGGUAGUCAACAACCCGUCACCUUUGGAUUUAUUAGACGAUUAA